AUGGCGACGGUGCACGUCCGAGUGAAUUUGCUCGUGAACGAUAUCGAAGAGAUGUUUAUCGGUCUUAGAGUCGAGCUCUUUUACAUGAAGAACAGUCUGGUCAUUGUCAAGAAACGUGAUUCACCGGGCGCGGGAAGAGCGGGAAACAGAGCUGCGAAGAAACGGACAGCGGAACCGACACCGCGUCGCGGAGUUCGAUCUCGUGUGAAACCGACGGGCCGUAAACCUCCGAGCACUCCGUAUCGGCGACGACAACCGUACGAUUCCAUCAGUAUACCUCAGCUGGUCUACGAGCUGCUCACCAUCGAUAAAUACAACCGAGACAUAAGGAGAUCUCCACGCUUCGAAACACCUCCUCGAAGAACGCGGCAAUAUCGAGAGCAGCAAAGAUUUCCACACGGUAUGGUCGGCCACCACAAUAACUCGGAAUCCAUUCGAAUGCCCGAAUACAUGACGGAAUCUAGACCCACGUCUGUUGAGAGCCUGACGGAGGUGACGGAUGCUGGGAAUAGCUCGGCUCCUGCGAGUUCCGCCAACAGCAGCGUAUCAAAUGUCUCGAUGAAACCGAUCACGCUGGCAAACUCCCUUAACAGUGCCAGGGUACUCCUCAAGAAGAAGUCUUUAGUUCAAAUCAUUAACAAUUACAUUAAAGCGGGCAUCGAGGAAGGGAAGCGACAAGCGAAAAAGUACAUCCGCAAGGCGCUGUCUUUCGGCGUGAGAUCGGGUUACCUGAUCCCGGCGGAUGCGCAAGGCCACCUGCUUCACGUGUGCCCGACCUUGGCGAGUUCCAGCAGGAAGACCAGCGACCCGGAGUCCCGGCGGAAACGGCGCAUCGCCCGACACGGCGAGACGCGGGUAACGACGACCGACGAUCGGAGGGCGAUGCGCCGGGGAGUCCCGAGGAGCAAGACGUCGCGUCGCGAGGACACGACGACAUCAGGUAGAAGAAGAUAUAAGAGACACCCUACCGAGAGUCCCGCCAGUAGCUUGAGCGCGAAAAACGACGGCCCGAGAACAUCGCCCGCCCGGUCGAGACUGCGCGAGAAAAACAAGUCUGGUAGCAGCGGCGCGCCUAGAAAUAGACCGUGUCUGUUUAGCAAAAUCAACGCGAGGGCCAGCAAUAAACGGGAGCGAAAACGGGGCGACAGCGAGGGCGUUGAAAAGCCAGUCAAACGACGUCGCACAGCUUUGUCUCCGAGACGCGCCGGAAACAAUCACGUACCGGUCGUGGAAAGUUACGAGAACGCGAAAGACCGGGAUCGCGAUCGGUAUAAAAGCAACGGGGAUAAUCACAGGGCAACAACCGAGAGGCGGAAACCGACGUCGAGUCGAGAGAACGAAUCGAGGAUAGAGGGACAAAAGGCUGGGUUGAAUAUCGACGAUGAUCGCGAUGAUGUCGGGCGUAAAAUGGACGGCGAUGACGACAAGUCCGAAGAAGCAAGUGUCGAGCGUGACGCAAACGGCACCAACGGGGAAACGGUUGCUUAA